AUGGCGCAGCUAACUCCACGACAAAAAGCCGCAGCUGGCGCGCUCUUCACAUUCGCGCUCGCAGAUUCCCUAAGCCAGCGAUCGCACGCUUUCGCACAGCCGUUCGCAGACCUUCCGCCGGCCGUAGCAGACGCAAGAAGCGGCGCUGGGAACGCUCAUCGUGCGAACGUGUGGGCGGAGGAUCCGAGCGCGAUACGGGUGUGCCAGCACGUGCUCAAGUGUCUGAGUCUUUCCGAGGCCAACGCACGCGCAUGCUGCCAAAUGGCCAGCGCUGGGCCUUCCUUAAAGCCCCACAUUGAGAAGGUAGGCUCAAAGCAAUGCACUUCAAAGGAUAGGCCUAACGACCUUCUUCUCCUCCAUUUCCCCCAUCUCCCACAUCUUCCCCCACCUUCCCCAUUUCCCCAAAUCCCCCCCAUAUCCUUUAUCUUCACCUUCCCCUCUCCACGCCCUCCCCUCCUCCUCCUCCCUCCCAUCCCUCCCAUCUUUCCUAUUCCCCCCCUUCUGAAACCUCCCCCAUCUCCUCCAUUCCCCUCAUCUCCAUCUUUCUCUCUCCUUGGCCCUACCUUCCCCCUCCUCCCCUCCCCUCCCAACCCUCUCCCCCCCGCUCUUCCCCCAGUUUCUGGGCGUGCUACUGCAGGAGAGCGCAUCGCUCCCCCCAGCGGAGAGGGAGAGAGUGGCGACAGUGGCGGAGUGUGUGCGCGCACAGGCCUUGAAACUGCAGCAGCAGGCGCGGGGGAGGCGGGAGAGGGAGCAGAGGCAGUGAAAGGUAUUCCCGAGGACGAGCGCAUUGCGAUACUAUGGGAGCUGUUAACUGCAUUCAUGUCAGAUGAGCGCGCUUCUGGUGGCUCUGCUUCUGGUGGUACUGCUGGUGCUGGUGGUACUGCUGCUGGUGGUGCAGGUGGUGGUUCGGGAGCAGGGGAUGCAGCAGCGCAGGGCGUGCAGGGGGGAGGGUACGACUCCCGAGAGCGCACAGCGCUUAGGCUCCUGGCCCUCUGGUUGCAGCUCGACUGGUCCCUCGUGGCUGCAAUGGAGCGCUUACUAGCAACAGCAGCGUACAACGCGCAAGUGCAAAUCGACCAAGCAGCAGCAGCAGCCGCAGCAGAGAAAGCCAAGGCGGCCCAGGCAGGCAACCGCAAGUGGGGCGGGUGGGGACGAGCCGUAAGCAUAGGCGCAGCAGCAGUGGGGACAGGCGCACUGCUGGCUGUGACGGGGGGGUUGGCUGCGCCUGUGCUGCUCGCAGGGAUGUCUGCUGCUGGGUCGAUGAUUCCGGUGGCUGGGGGGAUCAUCACUGGCGCUGCUGCUCUUGCUGGGACGACUGUGGGUUCUGCUGCUGUCAUUGGCGCCUUUGGUGGUGAGUGGGGGCGGGAGGAAACAAAGGGGAGCAGUGGUUGCAUGGCUGCUCUUGCUAUCGCUCUUUGCAUGAUUGUUCUGGCUGGGACCACUGUGGGCUCUGCUGCUGUCAUUGGCGCCUUUGGUGCCGCGGGUGCCCGCAUGGGCAGUUACAAGAUGGCGCGGCGAUUAGGAGACGUGGAGGAGUUCAAAUUCGUGCCUCUCGCCAAUGCUGAUGCUAAGCUAUCGGUGGCAGUGGUGGCAGCAGGGUAUGUGCUGAACCCCAAGGACUUUGUGGAGCCAUGGCUGUCCCUGCCCACUGACACUGAACAGUUCGCUGUGGUGUGGCAGUCAGCAGAUCUCAUCACAUCAGGCAGAGCCAUCAACGACUGGCUCAUGUCCACGGCGGUGCAGCGGUCAGUGGUGACGGGGGGGACGAUGGUGGCGGUGCAGGUGCUGGGAGCGGCGUCACUGUGGCCCAUAACGCUGCUCACUGCCGCUGCUACGAUUGACGACAAGUGGAGCGUUGCUGUCAACCGCACGGACAAGGCAGGAGCAGUGCUGGCAGAUGUGCUCUUGGAACGAACACAGGGAUCCAGGCCAGUGACGCUGAUAGGCUUCUCCCUGGGUGCGCGUCUCAUCUUCUCCUGCCUCACCCACCUCGCCGCUAAAGGCCAUGCUGCAAUGGGGGUGGUGGAGCGGGCAGUGCUACUAGGAGCGCCAGUGGCAGCACGAGACAGCUCCGCAUGGGAGGCAGCACGGCGGGUUGUUUCGGGUCGCUUGGUGAACGGCUACUGUGAAAAUGACUGGGCACUGGGUCUCAUGUACCGCACAAGUUUCCUGCUUUCAGGAGUUGCAGGCAUUCAAGCAGUCAAGGUUAAGGGAGUUGAGAACGUGAAUCUCACGCCUCUGGUGGACGGGCACACGAGCUACCUGUCGGGAGUGCCGGCCAUUCUGGAUGCACUCAGCAUCGACUCUCCUCUCGCUGCCACGCCCGCGGACGUGCUGAGAGCCGCCAAGGAGUGGAAGGCGGAAGAGGAGAGCCUCAUCUGA